UAAUAUGCCAGUUGUUUUGGUAUAUAUCGGCCGACCCUGAUAAAGGAACCAGAAUUAUCUCUGAAAUCUUUGAUUAAUUUAGUCGUCUGUCUCCUUCCAUGGCUUCAUCGACUGGAGGUUUCCUCUUGGGGUUUUCAAUUUUCUUGGGAAUUCUCUCCGUUUCAACCACCGCAAGACCUUGCAAGACUCUAUUCAUCUCUUCUUACUCUUUCUCCUUCAAUCCCCAGAACCCUAACCCUAACCCUAACCCUAACUCUAACUCCGCGGGAUUCGUGACCGUUUUCACCGAAGUUCGCCAAUUCAACGAUUUUUCACAUAGGGCCUUAGUCUUUCUCGAUCGUCCGAUUUUCCCCACAGUCGAUGAUGAACCUCAGAUCCAAGGGCCACAGCGGCGCGUUGUACCGUUGGGUUAUGACUUCUCUUCUCUCCGCGAUCGCACUAAGGAUAUUUUGAGCGUUGUUGUCGCUUUGCUUUUCGGUGUUGGGUGUGGUGCUCUUACUGCUGUUACCAUGUACUUGGUGUGGACCCUCUUUGCCAGCCGUAAUUCCUUUGAUGAAUUCAGUGAUGCUGAUGCUGAUGAGGAUGAUCUUAGCCUUAAGAAGAUGGGAUACGAGAAGAUUCCAGUUAAGGAAGCAGCGUGAGGUUUUUUUUUUUUUAAUUGUUAUUACUAGUAAUAUGUGUGUUUUAUUUUAUCAUCUCAACUUGUUAUUAAACAUGUUAUGCUUUGUGGAUUGUAUUUUAUCAACCUACUAAUGGUUAAUAUCAUCUAUUGCUUCUUGUU